GAACGCAUCACAAACUCCUGGUCCGGUUGACAUCAGAGGCGAACUUUUUCCUGGGUUCCGACUGGAGUGAGACUAGAAGUGGGAUGCUUUGGGAUAAUUUGGCGAUAUAAAAGGUGAAGGGGAUGGGAACGCCACUUACUGGAACAUUUCCUUGUUAAAUGAUAAGAAAAAAAAAAUGGUGACUUCAAGUACUUUUAAUGCGAGUGCUCCUUUAAUUUCCGCCGAGGCUCUCCGAGCGGAAAUCGUGGAAAAUCCGCUCCAGAACUAUCUCCUGGGAAUCAUCAUCUCCAUAUUUGGGAAUGUCCUCAUCAGCAUUUCGCUCAACAUACAGAAAUACGCCCAUGUCUGUCAGGCUCAGCGCGGAUCCAAGCCUUAUUACACGUCUGUGAUGUGGUGGUGUGGUGUGGUCCUCAUGGGCAUUGGGGAACUGGGGAACUUUGCAGCCUAUGGCUUUGCCCCAGCAUCACUCAUAGCCCCACUGGGCUGUGUGUCUGUGAUAGCCAGCGCUGUUAUAUCUGUGUUUUUCUUGAAGGAGACGGUUCGAGCAUCUGACAUUGUUGGUGGCAGCCUGGCCAUAACUGGAACAUACGUCCUGGUGACUUUUGCCCCCCAUGCAUCCACACACAUCACAGCUCACCUGGUCCAGUACCAUGCCAUCAGCUGGCACUUCCUGCUCUACCUUUUUGUAGAGGUCAUCCUGUUUUGCAUUCUGCUCUAUCUAUACAAGAGGAGGGGUGUGAAGCACAUUGUCAUUGUGAUGCUGCUGGUGGCCCUGCUUGCUUCUCUUACAGUCAUCUCGGUCAAAGCCGUGUCAGGGAUGAUCACAGAGUCCAUAAAAGGCCAGCUGCAGCUCAUCUACCCCAUCUUCUAUGUCAUGCUCAUCGUCAUGGUGGCCUCCUGCGCUUUUCAGAUCAAAUUUCUCAAUCAGGCUAUGAAAAUGUUUGAUGCCACGGAGGUGGUUCCCAUAAACUUUGUGUUUUUCACUGCAAGCGCCAUUGUUGCAGGGAUAAUAUUUUACCAGGAAUUUGAAGGACUGGCUUUGCUGAAUAUUUUUAUGUUCUUAUUUGGUUGUCUUCUGUCCUUUAUCGGGGUCUUCCUGAUAGCACGAAACAGACCACAGAUAAAGCAACAAGAUCGCACUUUUAUUCCAAUGGACAGGGUUCCUGGGAGAAGGAACAUAGACAAAGUGCAGCCCGAGGCAAAGACCCAAACAUACGGAUCACUGGCAGCUAAACUCAUGUGCAACAGAGCUGGUGAAACAGACGAUUCAUAGGAACCAUCUCCAUCUGUUUGGACUGCUGUUUCACUCAGUUUGGGAGUUUAUGCAUAGCUUUUUCAGGGUUCAACUAAAUCUCUUAUUAAAAGCAGCAAAGAUGGGGAGUUCAUUCUUAAAAUGAAAUUGUCACCAUUGUCUAAUAUCCUGACAAGGAAAGAUGAUUUGGAAAUAAAAUUAAACUAUUGCACAAAAAUAUCUGAUUUCUCAUUGGCUGAAAUAAGUACUGGAUUUCUUUCUGUUCAACACAUUUUUGUCAUGUGAAUAGACUUAGCAGUUUUCUGUUCCAAACUUGAUGUCUCAAUAUUCUGAGGUUAUGGUAUACAUCCAAAUAAGUGCACUACUGCCCUCUAUUGGUGGGAAAGGACUCCUAAUUGCACUUGUUUACCUUUCCACCUUAAUGAUCUGAUGUACAUUUACCUAAUUAAAAAAUAUAAAAAGUAAACUCUAAAGUAGUGUUUUCACCUCUCCUCCUGUCUUGUGUAAUGUAAAUACUUUGUGAUGUUGUGUUUAAAUACAGCAGCAUGCUUCACCAA